AUGAUGAAACUGCUUCUGGCUUGUAUUCUGGUGGACUUGCUCUUUGCAAACUUUUCUCCAUAUCCCGAUGUUAUUUGGAAAAGCUGUGGCGAUUGCUUUUGGUUUCUCAAACGAGUCAAUGAGCGUUUGCCGGAUGGAAAGAAAAUCCCCGGCUACAUUUUAUCUCAAAUAGAAUUCGACAAGAUUUUGCAUCGAAUGUGUGCUGACGGAGAGUACAGUCAUCGAAUUAAAACCAGAGAUGCUUCAUCAUGUGAUAGAUUUCUACGGCCUUUUCGUAAAUAUUUGAGACAUUAUCGAGAAGUGAUUAACGAGGGUGGAUUGUAUAAAGUUACGAUAUGCAAUCGAUACAUGGAGAGGAUAAAAUUGGGGAAUCCUGGCUGUCCAGCGAUCUAUGAUGAU